ACUAUGCUCCAACUGAAAACCCGCCGACCAACGAAUUCUUUGGCACAUGGGAAAUGACAAGAUACAUAGAGAUGUCAAUACAUUGGCACAUGAAGAGCUAAAUUUUGAAGUACAGAAUUGGGAUCAACUAUCCAUCAAAGAAUGAAAAUGGCUGUGGUGGCUUGGUUGUUGAUGGUUUAGUUUGGACAUUUAUUCUUGGCAGGCUACAUCUUUUUGGAUGUUUUAUGAUAUCCGUUAAGAUUUUUUCUUCGGGAAAUGCCAUCAAAACUGAUGUGUUAACGAAAUUCUGGCAAGUAUGUUCCACUUGUUUUCUUUCCCAAAAUAUGUGGUUUUUUUUCUUUGUCCAACACGUGGUUGGUUCAAAACUCCAGAAUCCUUUAAAUAUUUUCAAAGCUUGAACUGCAUUUCUCACCGGUAAUGGCAUUGGCUUGGAAUCACGUUUAAUUGAUGUGGAACUAACCGAUGUUAGUUAAGACUGAAUGAGGUGCAUUCUGGCAAGGGUUGGAUGAAACUGUCGUCUCGUGAUCUCUCUACCGUGUUGCUGAAAUAUCCUCUAUUUAAGCAAAUCUAAAGAAUCUCUUGCCUUCGCCUUUCAUCUCUAGGCUUCAUUAGUGGAAAUAUGGGAAUGGAGAAAUUCUGUUUACCCUUUCUUGUUCUUCUUGUCACUUGGUUCUUGUGUUUCAGCUUGAGCACAGGGUCAGGGUAUGAUCAAAAUGACAGGAAGCAGGCUGAACCAUUGGUGUUUAAUUUUGCAAGCAGUGCUCUCACUGAGCUUCAUCGAAUUCAAAAUCAUGAGCCAAAUGAAGUUACAGACAGGGACCAAGAAAGAGACCCUUUACCAGAGAACAAUGCUUCACUAUCUUCCUCCUAUCAGGGCAACAGCGAUAAGACAACGUGGUGCAUUGUUAAGCCAUCAACCUCAGCUGUUAAACUUGAUGAAAUUAUUCAGUUCUCUUGCACUCAGUCUGAUGUUGAUUGCAAAGGCAUCCAAUAUGGAGGAAUAUGCUACAAUCCUGCCAACAGCAGAGUCUCUGAUGCAUCGGUUGUUAUGAAUCUCUACUACAAGGCCAGAGGAAAGCACGCCCAGGCCUGCAACUUCCAGGGCAGUGGUUUGAUUGUUACCCAGGACCCUUCUGUUGACAAAUGCAUAUAUCCAGCUUGAUAAGGUUGGAAAUUGAAGGGAUAUGAGAUGGUUGGAUGCUACAAGUAGUUUUGAGAUUUGAGUUUGAUAAGCUCAUGGCAAGAAAUGAUAUACGUCUUGGUGAGAUGGAACAGGUCUUUAUCUGAUUCUUCACAAAAGAAAGAGGAUUGUCAAUCUCUUCCCUGGACAUGAACGAUUAUGUUGCUGAUAUGGUGCAAAGUUGAUUGAUUCAGUCUUUGUACAUCACCUUCAAUUUUUCUGAUAUGACAAACAUAAGCAUGAAGGAGAAACAUUAAGUCUUAAACAGCCAGCACAAUUUAAACCAUAAAGCAAAAGAAAUCCACCGGAUUAUAUCAUCUCAAUUCUUCAAGGCAAUCAAAAAUUCCAUUGGAACGCAAAGACAGCUAGUGAAAGAAGAAAUAAGAUAAUCAAAUAUAUGAGACAAGACUAAGCCUCAAUAAAUGCAUUCAAAUUUUUAUUUUGAAACACUCACAGAGCCUAGCAAAUGUACUGCAGCUAUACUGCCGGAUACAAACUCGUUUCUCACAGCAGUCAUAGCUAUGCAUGCAGAAUAUAGAGAACUGAUACACAUUGUCAGUCAGUCUUUCAACUGUGAUGCCGCUUAAACAAAGAAAUUUUAAUAGCAAAUGAAAAAUAAGAACACGCGAAGCGAUAAGCAAAAUCAAAGGAAAUUAUGCUUUGACAACCGAUCACCACCCACACCAUAGGAUUGAUCAAGCUUGAACCUUAUCCCACUUGAGGGGCUUAACCACCUCCCAUGUAAAGUCUGGGUCAUCCCUGCCAAAAUGUCCAUAGGCAGCAGUCUUCAAGAAUCUUCCAUUGCCGCCCCUCUUGAGAUCGAGGUUGAUGGAGAUCAUGCCAGGCCUAAAAUCGAAGCUCUCCUUCACGAUCUUGAGAAUCUCUUUAUCGGGAAUCUUCCCAGUCCCAUACGUGUCAACAAAAACAGACAAGGGCUCAGGAACACCAAUGGCAUAAGAAACCUGCACAAUGCACCUCCGGGCAAGUCCAUUAGCCACAAUGCUCUUUGCAGCUUGCCUGACAAUGUAUGCUCCACUCCUAUCCACCUUGGUGGGGUCCUUUCCGGAGAAAGCACCACCACCAUGAGCUCCCCACCCACCAUAAGUGUCGAUGAUGAUCUUCCGACCAGUGAGACCGGCAUCACCAUGAGGCCCACCAAUGACAAACCGGCCAGAGGGGUUAAGAUGGAAGAUGGUUUUCUCAUCCAAGUACUUCUCGGGAAUAACAGGCUUGAUGACAUGCUCCUUAAGAUCAGCGGCAAUUUCAUCAUUGGAGACAGUCUCAUCAUGCUGGGUGGAGAUGAGCACAGUGUGCA